AUUUUAAGUCCACAUGGUAUAAAAAAGUCAGCGUCAUGUAUAUAAAAAACCCCUAUCUUUCUCUCUCUCUCUCCUCGCUCUCAAACCUUGCUCAGCUUCUCUCUUAAAACCUUCUUCUUUCCAUGGUUGCAGAGAUCAGAAAGGCAGCAAAAGAAGAAGAGCAAAUACUUCAAUUCCAUAACCUAAAACCGAGAAGAAGAGAUGUUCUAAACAAAGCCCAUACUUUCUUACUCUGAUCAUAUCAGUACUGAUUAAGCAAGAUCAUGUGCGACUACUUCUACCAAAGGAUGGAGAACAGCCAAGGAGACCUCACCGACAUCAUCCGAAGCCACAGCCUCAUGAACCCAACACAUCCAACCAACGAUUCAUCCGCCGCCGCUAACCGCUGGCAGUUUCUGCACGAGCAAGCUCCCGAAUUCCAGCGGUUAGAUGACAGAGUACUUGGAGCCGGCCCACUACUCCAUGAAACGAGCUUCUUCGAUUCGUCAGAGAACAGUGCAAGUGGAAGUUUGUUCUCAAGGAUGCCUCAAAUUUCUCUGGGGAAAGGAAAGGGGUCGCCGGCGAUCGGAGCUCCGUCGGUUUUAUCGGUCGGUGGAGGAGGUGGAGGUGGUGGUGGUGCAGCGGAGAUCUCAUCGACGAGAUUAAUGGCUGCAGGGACUAAGAGAAGGAAAAGUCAAGCAAAGAAGGUGGUUUGCAUCCCAGCUCCAGCAGCUGCAAGUGGUAGGCCAAGUGGAGAGGUUGUUCCUUCUGAUCUAUGGGCUUGGAGGAAAUAUGGACAGAAACCAAUCAAAGGAUCUCCAUACCCUAGAGGGUAUUACAGAUGUAGUAGCUCAAAAGGAUGCUCGGCGAGGAAACAAGUGGAAAGAAGCCGAACAGAUCCAAACAUGUUGGUCAUCACCUACACCUCAGAGCACAACCAUCCAUGGCCAACUCAAAGAAAUGCUCUAGCUGGAUCCACAAGAUCUCAGCCUUCAAAAACCAAUAAUUCUUCUUCAACCUCCAAAAACUCUCCUCAUCACAACAACCAUAAGCAAUAUACAACCAUCAAGGAAGAACCCAAAGAGUGUUCGAGCUCAAACGCACCAUUACAAGUAAAAGAAGAAGCACACGAUGAAAUGGAAAAAACAUUGAUUGACCACCAAGAUCACCAUGAUUUCAACAGCGUGUUCGAUGAGAGCUUCAAUGAACACAUGAUGUCAAAUUUGAAUCAGCCCGACAACUUUUUCGCAGACUUGGAGGAGCUUGAUCCUGAUCCAAUGAACCUUAUCUUCCCUAAGGGAUUCAUGGGAUAUAAAUUAGAUGAGGAGAGGAAUAACAACAAUAACAAUAAGGCAGUGGAUCCUUUCAAUAUGCUUGAUUGGGGAGAAGGAAACAUGUUUGGAGAAAGCAAGAGAGGUUUAUAACAAGACCUUGGAACAAACACCUUUUUUUAUGUAAGGUUAUAGAUUUGUUUAAGGUCUGUCUAUAAACCUUUUGCAUAUAUAUUUUCAAACAAUGCUACUUAUAUCGAUAAAAUUGAUAUAUUUUUCCAAAUAGUUUGUUGUGUAUGUUAGAAGAGUAUUGUGGAGUACCAUUUCAUCAUCAUAGUAAUGAAGAUGAUGUUAUAAUAACUAAUGAGCUAUAAGGAAAGACAUUUGAGGAGCAUCAGAAAGUGGCGUAACACAAUAUGUUAUAUGUUGUGCAAGAUUUAGGGUUUAAAUUUUAGGGUUUUUUUUAUAGGAGUAGCUCUUUAUAGCUGGAAACUCUUAUAAAAAAAGUGCAGAUCUUCGCCAUUUAAGGUCUGUUUG